UGUUUUCUUUUUCUUUCUUUAAUAGGUCGCGGCAAUUCAAGACACACCUGAAUACAGACUAGCUGUGGCAAGGAAUGCCAGAGUAAAUGAAGCCAAAAACUACACAACCUUUACCGAAGUUUACGAUGCUCUCAUCAACGAAGACGUACAAGGAAUGUUGAUCGAUACAUACGAAGCUGGAUACAAGAAAGAUCAGUUUAAAGACCCAAGGAUCCGAAUUCACACCAUUUAUGAUUACAAGUCUACAUACGGUGUGGUUCUAGCUGGAAAUUCCACCAAACUUUUACAGUGUUCUAAGAGUUACAUGCAGUCACAUAGAGCUGAGAUGUAUGAACACAUUGCAAAGUUUAUCCACUCCAUUGAGGAGGAACAUGUUCCUGAGCUUUUAGAAGUUUCCUCAGGCCUGUUUGACCCUCAGAAUGAAGUUUUCAGAUAUUUUUCGUACAUCAUUAGUGCUUGCUUAGCCGUGGCAAUCAUCCUGGGGCUUAUGUGGGAACACAGGAGAAAGGUGCGAAUUCGGGAAGCUGAACAAUGCGGUAAGUCCCUGAUAUAGCUAACAGUAUUAUAGCC